AUGGAGUGGCAAAUAGUAGAAAAAUAUCUCAAAGAAAAGGAAUUGUAAAGAAUGCUCAAGUAUUCGAUAAAAUAUAAUUCCAUUGAAAAAGAUGAAACUUAAAACUAAGUUUGGAGAAAAGAAAUAAAAUCAGGAGAUAUGAUCGAUGUCAAUUUAGAAUUAGCUAAAACUUUAGGAGAUUCUGUUUGGGUCUAAGCAAAGAUUAAAAAAAUAAGAUUUGAUGAUUUGCUAAUACUAGACUUUAUUUUCGAUACAUGGUAAAAUAAAACAAUUAUUAAUAAGUGGUCUAUCAGAAUUGCAUAACUUGGACAAUACACUAGUUAAAUAUGCUAAUAAAAGGAUAAGUUUAAGCCAAUGAUUAAUGUAGACUCAUGUGGCUCAUAUUGGUGGAAUAGAUCUACAAUUCUAGAUAUUUGCGAUAGGGAAUAGUCAAAUAUUAUUGUAAAAAUGGCUCGAAUUGGUUUUAGAAUAUAUUGUGAAUAGGGGAAAUAAAAGGAUAAAAUGGGUCAAUACGAUGGCUGGUCAUCUAGUUUUGAUGAAUGGAUACCACUAUAUUCUUCACGAAUAAUGCCAUUCCUAACAUAAACCAUGAAAAAAGAGAUCGAAAACUUUAUAGAAUCUCCUUAAAACUUGAGAACUUUGGAUUAAAAUUAAUCUAAUAUCGAUAAACUAACAUAAUUUAAGGAAUCCCCUCUGUUAAUUGCAAGUUAUACUGGUUGA